AUGAAGAUGGAAUGGGAACGAAGAUUGGUGAGCGUGGCCGCGACGGCCUUACGCCGGUAUCACGAGGGUGCCUCCUCGUGGGCCGCCUUCAACGCCCUCCUUGACGGCGUCAUCCGCGUCACCGCAUCCCACUACGGCUACAUAGGUCGCAUCGUACCACGCGAGGGUUAUACUACUACACCACAGAUCUUGGUGAAGGCGAUCACAACUAUCGGGUGGAGUCCUAAGAUGGUCGAUCUGGUGGUGCCCGAGGGCUUCACGUUCGCGCUCGAGGACAUGUCGACUGGACCCCGCCUCUACGGGAUGAGCUGGCGGACGCGAGCCCCGUUCAUAUGCAACGAUCCUUCGACCAGCCCCCACAGCCGCGGCGGGGUGCCGUCGGGCCACCCCGACAUCGACCACUUUAUGGAGGUGCCCAUCUUCUGGGGCGACCGCAUCAUUGGCCUUCUCGCCCUGGCCAACCGGCCUGGUGGGUUCGCACCCCAUCACGCCGCCUGGCUCCAGGGCUUCCUCUCGAUGCUGGCCACCCUCAUGCAGCUCUACGAGUGCGUGCCGUCUCAACCAUCAUCAACAUCUUCUUCGUCGUCAUCUUCUUCCUCUUCAACGCCCGCAACAAAGACCGAGGCACCAACAACCCCGGCAUCGUCGUCAACAUCAAAAUCGACUACACCGAGGGGCGAAGCCGAAACAACACUUCCAGACGAGCCAAGCCAGACGGGCCGAGCAGCACAGAACUACCACUUCCACCCGCAGCCGCUGGGCGUCGCGGAUUUCGACGCGCGGGAGAUCAGCCACGCGGUGCUCGACUCAGUCGGCGAAGGCGUGGUGGUGCUCGACGCCAAGCUGCGUCUGCGACACGUCAACAACGGGGCCGCCCGCAUGCUGGGCUACAGGAGCGGCCGAGCCCUCCUGUCUCGCUGCCGUCAUCUCAGUGAUGUGAUCCCCUAUUAUGACGAGGAGCGGGCGAUGGAUUGGUCGCGCUUCAGCGACGGGGUGCAGCAGAAGAUGUUGGGCGCGCAUGUGGCGACGCACGCGCGCAGCAUGGGCGGCGGACUGCUGUCGAUCGACCUCUCGCUGUCGUCCUUCAUCUUCCAGCGCAAGCGCUACUUCUCUGCCGUCUUCAGCGACAUCUCCCAGAAGAAGAAGUCCGUCGAACGAAACAAAUUCCUCGCUUUCCUCAGCCACGAGAUACGAAACCCUCUUCAGGCCAUCAUCUCUGGAUUGCAAGUGCUGCAAUCGGAGUGGAAGGAAGAGGAAGUCGACUUGUCGGGUGCCUCUGCCACGAACAUGAUGGCCAUCAUGCACCGCGCCACAAGUAUCAUGCACCGCGUGAUUGACGAUAUCGUCGACUACACGCGGAUUGAAACGCAUCAAUUCUCGAUGAAGAAGGAAGAGUUCGACAUCCGAUCAACGCUUCAAAUCGCCAUCGAGAUGGCCAAGAAGACCGAGUGGCACAAAGGGAAUCUCGAUAUGGCAUUGGAGGUGGAGCGCUCGGUGCCGCGCCGGGCCUUCUGCGAUCGCAAGCGCGUGGAGCAGGUGCUCAUGAACCUCCUGACCAACGCCCAGAAGUACACCGAGCACGGCCGUAUCGUGGUCCGCUGUCGCGUCGACACCCAGGGCGCGAUGAGCGGCGAGAUGAAGGCCAUCCCGGUCAUCCCCGACAGCAGCACCACCAACGACAACGACGACCACGACUACAGCGAGGGCGGUUUGCGGUUGGACGGCGAGAGCGGCGAAGACGAUGAUUCGUCAUCGGGCGACGAUCGGGAGAAGCACCCGGACGGAUCGUCGGCGGACGAGUUGGAAGCCAUGGGCGUCCGGUACCUGCGCAUUGAGGUGGAAGACACGGGCAUCGGCAUCAGCGAGGAGGACCAGAAGAACCUCUUCUCCGUCUACACCCACAUCGACGACCCCACCCUCAUGUGCAGCGAAAAGACCGGGCUGGGAUUGGCGAUCACCAAGCGGCUGUGCACGGUGAUGGGCGGCAACCUCUGGUGUCGCUCGCAGCUCGGCAAGGGCAGCAGCUUCACCUUCCACGUGCCCUUUGACACGGUGCCCGAGGACGACAGCCCCGAUAGUCCCUCGAGUGAGUGGCAAACCGCGCCCGAGACGCAGCAGCAACUCCGGCAGCAGCUCGAACCCACGUUCUCGAGUCCACCGGCGGCCUCGGCGCUCCUCCCGACGACGCACAACGACCAAUCGAACCGGAACCACCUGAGCGGGCUGCGGGUCCUCGUGGUCGACGACAACUCGCUGAUGCGCAAGACCAUGAACGCCAUCCUCUCCAAGGAGCAGUGCCACGUCACCCUCGCCGAGAACGGACAACAGGCGAUCGACAUUGUGAUGAAGAACAAGGAGGGAUUCGACGUGAUGCUGAUUGACUGCCUGAUGCCAGUCAAGGACGGCUAUCGCAUGGUGGCGGAGCUGCGCGAGGAGGGCAUCGACACGCCGAUGAUCGCCAUCACCGGCAACUCGCUCACCGAGCAGACGCAGCAGUGCAGGCAGGUGGGCUUCGACUACUGCCUCCUCAAGCCCGUACAGAAGGCCGAGCUCUUCGACACCAUCCUCCACUACACCACCAGCCGCAACAGCGCCAAGGCCUGCAAGUGA